UUUUGGACUCCCAACCUCAGGCUUAUCCCUCCAAACCUGAGCUCCGGAUCCAGCUCAAACUCCUCUCUCGGGUCGACUCUCCCCACUUUCACUCCGUUAAAACCUCCUUCUGGCGUCUUAAAAUCACAAACCCCCAAGACCUGUUCUCUCUUUCAUUAAUCGCAUAAAUUAUAGAAUUCGAGUGACAAUGCUUGAUCAAUGGAGAUCGUUAUCACACAGAGUCCGUGAUUAGUCGUGCAUACUUUUUUGAUCCGUCUAAUUCUUCAAAUUAAGGUUAUUAGCAGUUUUAUUUGGUGAUUUUUGAGCUGAAAUCAUGGCACAGAGUAAUUGGGAAGCAGAUAAAAUGCUUGAUGUGUACAUAUAUGAUUAUUUGGUGAAGAAGAAAUUGCAUGCCACCGCAAAAUCAUUCAUGACAGAAGGGAAAGUUGCCCCCGAUCCAGUAGCAAUUGAUGCUCCUGGGGGGUUUCUUUUUGAGUGGUGGUCUGUCUUCUGGGAUAUUUUUAUAGCAAGGACUAACGAGAAACAUUCUGAGACUGCCGCAGCAUAUCUAGAGGCACAGCAAAGCAAAACAAAGGAACAGCAACAGCUGCAAAUGCAGCACUUCCAACUAAUGCAUCACGCUCAGUUGCAACGAGGGGGUAAUAACAACCCAACCAUGGGUGGUCCGGUAAAUGCUGUUGGUUCUGAAGGAAUGCUCAGGCAAUCAAAUGCGAGUGUGUUGGCUGCAAAAAUGUAUGAGGAACGACUGAAGCAUUCCAACCAAAUGGAAUCUGAAACAUCCCAACCGCAUCUUGAUGCUAGGAUGGCCCUUCUCAAAUCAACUACAAACCAUUCAGGCCAGUUGGUCCAAGGAAAUCAUGGGAAUGUUACUGCUGCACUGCAACAAAUCCAGGCACAAACUCAACAGACCGCUGAUGUCAAACAAGAAGUGAACCUGGGUGCUGCCCAGAGAUCUUUGCCUAUGGACCCUUCAACCAUUUAUGGGCAGGGAAUCAUGCAGUCAAAACCUGGAAUUGGAAAUUCAGGAUUGAAUCCUGGAGUCAAUGGUCUUCCAUUGAAGGGAUGGCCCUUAACUAAUAUACAGGGAAUUGAACAAACUCGGCAGAGUUUAGGUGCACAAGUUCAAAGGCCUCUUUUACAUGCUGCAAGUCAGUUUCAGCUUUUGCCACAGCAACAACAGCAGCAGCUCUUGGCACAUGUCCAGGCACAAGGGAACCUUUCUGCUUCGCCAAUGUAUGGAGAUAUUGAUCCACGGAAGUUUAGGGGGUUGCCUAGAGGUCCUUUGAAUAGCAAAGAUGGCCAACCUAAUGUAAAGGAUGGAUCUAUUGGUUCUCCAAUGCAAUCAACUUCAUCUAAGAUGAAUUUGCCACAGAUGCAACAAUCAUCCUCUCAACAACAAGAUCCUUUGCAACCACAGCAAGGACAGCAGAAUAACCGAAAGAGGAAAGGCCCUUCAUCUUCUGGACCUGCUAAUAGUACUGGUACAGGAAAUACAGUAGGCCCUUCUAAUUCUCAGCCAUCUACCCCAUCAACUCAUACUCCUGGUGAUGGAAUUGCCACAGCAGGCAAUUUGCAGCAUGUCAAUAGCAUGUCAAAAGGCUUGAUGUAUGGUGGUGAUACAACUGGAGCUCUUGCAUCAUCCACAAACCCACUGGAAGACAUUGAACAUUUUGCAGAUGUUGGCUCCUUAGAUGAUAACGUGGAAUCUUUUUUAUCACCUGAUGAUGGAGACGGAAGAGAUUUGUUUGGUACCUUAAAAAGGAAUUCUUCUGAACAUGCUGCUGAAGCUUCAAAAGGUUUCAACUUCAGUGAAGUUAGUUCGAUACGCAAAAGUAAUGGGAAAGUUGUUUGCUGUCACUUCUCCACAGAUGGGAAAUUGUUGGCCAGUGCUGGGCAUGACAAGAAGGUUGUUCUUUGGAACAUGGAAACUCUGCAAACAGAGUGCAAUCCAGAGGAGCAUACCCACAUUAUCACUGAUGUUCGUUUCAGGCCAAAUUCAACUCAGCUGGCAACAUCUUCAUUUGAUUCAAGUGUACGUCUCUGGGAUGCUGCAGGACCAAGAUAUGCCUUGCAAACAUAUACGGGGCAUACCUCACAUGUGGUGUCCCUUGACUUUCACCCGAAGAAGAAUGAUGUUUUCUGCUCCUGUGAUGAUAACAAUGAGAUUCGCUUCUGGAACAUCAAUCAGUAUUCUUGCACCCGGAUAUCCAAGGGAGGGACCACACAAGUUAGAUUUCAGCCAAGAAUCGGACAACUGCUGGCUGCAGCUGCAGAGAAUGUUGUGUCCAUCUUUGAUGUUGAGGCUGACAGACAGACACACUCAUUACGGGGGCACUCCACAGCGGUACACUCUGUUUGCUGGGAUGUGAACGGAGAUUACUUGGCAUCUGUCAGUCAAGAAUCUGUUAGAGUGUGGUCAUUGGCCACAGGAGAGUGCAUUCAUGAACUUAGUUCAAGUGGGAACAAGUUCCAUUCUUGUGUUUUCCAUCCGAGCUACUCCACUCUCUUGGUUAUUGGAGGCUACCAGUCAUUGGAGCUUUGGAACAUGGCUGAGAACAAGUGCAUGACGGUUGCGGCUCAUGAGUGUGUGAUAUCAGCUUUGGCUCAAUCACAAGCUACAGGGAUGGUUGCUUCUGCAAGUCAUGACAAAUGUGUGAAGAUAUGGAAGUAAGUGUCGGCCAUUUGGUGCUUCAAAUCCCCCAUCAUCAAGCCUAAUGGUCCUUCCAUUCUCUGACAUGGUCUUCCAGGGGAAAACAAAAUACAGGGAUGCAUUAACUUGAUCUAUUUUCUUCUAUCAAUUUAAUAUUAUUUAUAUGUAAUAAGGGGAUUCGAGGUUUCCAGGUUUCGACUUGCUGUUUGAAUGUUGCCUUUGUUAUGAUCUGAACCCAAAUUACCCAGAAUGAGUAGGUGGAAGUAUACUUGCUUUGCUUUGAGAGGUCUCGGCAUGCUGAUGACUGCUAUAAACGGCAUCUGAGUUUAAAGCUUUGUGAUGGAACAUUUCCCAUAUGCUUCUAUUCCGUAUUGAAGAUUAUACCGUCAUUGCUAGGAUUGAUGAUUGAAUGUGAAGUUGUUUCGCCA